ACACACACUCACGAGUGCCGGCGUUCCGUUACUGCAGACUCAAGCAGUCAUGAGUGCGUCGGCGUCAGAAUUCUGAUUCAAAGAAUUCACCAACGUCCGUACCGUACUUUUUCGUAAAUACAGGCCGGCUGGUAGAGCAGUACAAGUUACCGAUCCCACUUGCGCCAGUACCAAAAGCUACGGACGGCUACCGUAGCCGAGCAAAGAUCCAGGUAGUUGUGCCUCUUCGUACCCUCACUUUCUUUCUCCCUCUCGGAAGCAAAACGCAAAAUACACCAACAAUCUAUCUCGAAGCAAAGCAAACAAAACAACAAGCCACCAACCAUGUCGCCUAUCAAGUCUCUCUUUGUGUGCCUUCUCAUGGCUCCUCUAACCAUGGCGGUUGUCAAGCCUAGCCAACCCAUGGUGGACUGCGGAGUACCACAAGUCAACGUUCAGUGUCCUACUGACGGACUCUUUGCAUUGGACGGUGAGACCAUGGAGAGUUGUCAACAAAAAUGCGCCAAGACGGAAGGAUGUGCUUUCUACAGCUUUGGAAAGGGCGCUUGCAUGGGAUGCGCACACGACAUGGACGCUGAAGAGAGCAAUGGAGUCACCCUCUACCAAGUCGACUGUUUGGAGAUGACCCAACGUGUAUUGCAAGACAACUCCACUAUGGACACCAUGGACAACUCUACUUCACCCAGUGCUGAUCCUAUGCCCAGUGCUGACAUGGGCAACUCUACUUCCUCGGAUGGUAAGAGUGCUGCAAAUGUGGCUCAGUAUUAUUUGGGAUCUGUCGUUUUCAUGGCGGUCUCUGCCAUGAUGAUGUAAAAGUGUAAUGUCAUGCAAUACAUUGAUGGAAUGGAAUCAUUAGCUCUUCAGGAGCUAUCAACUGGUGCGCCUUUAAGUAGCUCAACGGUCAUGGCUCUUGCUGGCUACAUGUAUGGUAUACUAGCUAGCUAUGCCAAGAGUCAGAGUUGUGUUGUUGUUGUACAGUCCAUCUAUGGAUCUCUGGAGGACUGCUUGAUCAAGUUAAUCCCGCAGUAAAACGUAAAAGUGAAGUAACUAUAGUUCUUAUGUUGUCGUUGU